CAUGAUUCCAAUAUGGACGCCUCCAGUUGAAAACGUUCACCGCUAUGCGAUUUUAAAAACAAUGUUUUUUAUUUAUAUGGAAAACAUGCCAAUUCCCGAAGAGACUGUUUGAGCUGUCGUCUUCUUCUGCGAUGCCUUCACUCAAUGUUGUGUCAUGUUUCCAGAGGCUGCACACCUGCUUUACGGCUCUCUUCAAAUGCAGACCCCAUCACUGGACUGUGUUUUCUCAGAGCAGAUCUUUGCGCUGCACUGCUUGUGAGCUGCAGUGUUCAAGCCCAGACUCUUCUUCCACCAUCAACGGAGUAAACCAGACACAGACUGCCCCAGAACCUGCAGACGAGGUUCCCCCAUCUCCCCCCAGCCACUGCUGCAUGAGCGGCUGCCAUAACUGUGUGUGGAUCGAACAUGCUGAAAAACUGCUGAAAUAUUACAGCGAUGGUGGAGACAGAGCUCUGGAGGCCAUUGAGGAGAAUGUCCUCGAUGACAACCUGAAGGCUUAUCUUAAAAUGGAGAUCAAGUUACUGAAGAAAAAAUCUUGAUUACAGAUUUACUGAGAUUCAUGUGUUUCAUAGCAGAAACUUUUGCAUCUUUUUAAUGGGUGAGUCUAUCAAAAACACAUCCCCGUCAUAUUUCAUCCCUAAAUCAAAAGGAAAAAUAUAUAUGUAUAUUGCACAAAGACUAAAUCUCAUCUCAAUGACAUUUUGUUUUCCCAAGUAGAUGCAGAUGUUUUAUUUCUGAGGGUUUUUUGUCCUAUAGUUUCGAAAGCAACAAUCUGGUGAGAUUUUUUAGUACUGUAUUCUUAACAGAAUACAGUAAGCACAUUUUAUAAUGGAAAUAUACAUAUGAAAAUAUUAUGAAUGUUCAGUAUUACAGGUUUACAGUCUACACCAAUGAUAAGACUUUAAAAAAAACAUGUUUUUUAAUGUCUUGAAAACGAUGUUAAAUGUUGUGGAUGGUAAGUUUUUACAUUUUGCAUAUUAAAGGUGAGUACAAUUUCUUAUUUAUUACUUAUUUAAUGUGAUCUGUGUAGUAAGUUAUUUCUGAAGGGGGGGAAAUUGUUUGCAAUUUUUUUUGUAAAUGUUCCAAAAUAUUUUUGGAAAUAUGAAAAUAAGUAUUGUUUCUUUGAUACAUGAUUUUUUGAUUUUAAUGACUGCUCUUGUGCUCACCGUUUGUUUGAGGCAUUUAUUUAUUAAAGUUAUAUGCACAUAUAUAUAUAAUAGAAAUAUUAUGGCAUGUUAUUACAGUGUUUGAUAUGUAAUUUAUUUUUAUAUUUGUUUUUGUAAUUAAUACAUGAAAAUAUUACUCCAGUCUUCAGUGUCAAGUGGUCAUUUCAAUAGGGUUCGGUGCUCAUCUUCACAUUUAUUGUUAUUAUCAACCGUUAUGAUGCUGAAUAUGUUUGAAGAAAUGUUUUAUGUUAUAAUGUUAUAUGUUUUAUUUCAGGAUUCCUAAUUAGUAAGAAGAACAGCAUUUAUUUAAAACCGAAAUCACUGGUAUGAUUUAAGAAUCAUGCUAUAUGUGGAAUGUUUUUUAGCAUUUAUUCCACAUAAAAAUGAAAUUAUAUAAUUGUCAUGACAUACGAAUGUUUAAAUACUCUUGUUUUGAUCAUGUGAUUCCUCCUUGAGCAUCAGUGCCUGCUUGUAACCUUUAAGACAACAUUGCAACGUAAUCAGAAAAAAAAAAUCACUGAGCAGGAUGGUACAAUAUUUAAAACCAAAGAAUCUAAGCAAAAUAUUUCAGUUGCUAUUUUCCCUUUGUCAGUAGUGCAUGUGUGUCAAUACGCUUCCGUGGAGAAGAACUGAAUAGACAGAAAGUCUUCACGUUGACUUAGUAAACGUCAGUCUCUAUAUAUAGAUUCAUAUCUCGAUUCUUCUAACCAACAACUACCCAAAUGCUGAUUAUAUUGAUUGAGGGUCAUACUGUUUCCCUCUAUGAUCAGCUCUUGCGGCAUUAGAACCCACAUUGGCUGGCUCUGAAUACUCAUCAGGGUUGCCUAGCAGCAUAGCAGCAUUGAUCAUGGCAUUGGCCGGCACUUGUAUGAGCGGUUUCUUUGACGACAGCCAUCCUGAUCUGAGUACCUGUGAGUCAGCACACGAGGGCUUGAUGCCGCGUGCCGUGAUCCAGCUGCUAGAAGGAUUUGUGAUGAAUGACGUGAAUAGUGGUUAGAUAUUCUGAGGACGAGAUGUACAGAAGAGAAUGUGACACAGAUUCAUGGAGGUCAUUAAUGACACUGAUGUUUGAAAUGUUUUCUUCCUCUUUGACUUUGAGGAGAAUUGAGCACACAAGAAUAAAACAGUUUCUCUGUUAUAUGUAUAUACUAU